CGUAUCUCGGAACGCAGCCAUGAUUUGACGUUUUCAUAGCAAAUUGGUAGGAGAGCGUGAUCGUUGAGUCGUGUAUUAGCAAACAUGGCGCGUGGUAGCAGUGCUGGUUUUGACAGGCAUAUCACGAUCUUUUCACCAGAAGGUCGGCUUUACCAAGUAGAAUACGCCUUCAAAGCCAUCAAUCAAGGUGGCCUGACUUCCGUAGCCGUUAAAGGAGUUGAGACUGCCGUUUUUGCAACACAGAAAAAAGUGCCUGACAAGUUACUUGAUGCUUCUAGUGUCACCCAUGUAUUCCAACUAACUGAGUAUAUUGGUUGUGUUAUGACGGGUAUGAUAGCUGACAGCAAGUCUCAAGUACAACGUGCACGAUAUGAAGCAGCUCAUUUUAAAUAUAAAUAUGGCUAUGAGAUACCUGUAGAUGCUUUGUGCCAGCGUGUUGCUGACAUUAGUCAAGUAUAUACACAAAAUGCAGAAAUGCGACCUCUUGGAUGUUCCAUGAUGCUUAUCGCAUAUGAUAAAGAGAAAGGCCCAUGUAUUUAUAAAGCUGAUCCAGCUGGAUACUUUUGUGGUUAUAGAGCUAUUUCCGUGGGAGCAAAACAAACAGAAGCUAAUUCUUAUCUCGAGAAAAAAUUGAAGAAAAAACAAAAUUAUGAUUACGAUGAGACUAUACAACUAGCCAUUACCUGUCUAUCUACAGUUUUGUCUGUAGAUUUUAAACCAACUGAAAUUGAAGUGGGAGUAGUAUCAAAGGAUAAUCCCAAAUUUCGUAUAUUGACCGAGCAAGAGAUUGAUAAACAUUUAACUGCUAUCGCCGAGAAGGAUUGAUAAUGUUGUACACAAUUCAUAAAAAAUAAACAAUGUCCUGCUUAA